CGAUAAUCGAGCAAAAUUCGUGCGACUUAAAUUGCGACUUCUUUCAUAAAAAUCAGCACCGUUAAGGGCUUCGGAAUCAAUAGAUAAAUAUUGGUGGAAAUUGGCGAGAAUUGAUCUGCGCUCCUUUUCUCAGGAACCAUGCAGAACAGCAACCCCCCAAAGCAACCGGAGUCGAACCGAGGCAAUUUCCACAGCAUCCAGGUGAUGUUGGGUCUUCAGCAGGAGCUGGGAUGCCCGCAGCACGAGGCAAUCGCGGCGGUUUCGGCGGCUCUCGGGUACUCGCCGCCGCACCAACCUUUCCCCGGCGUCGUGACGAGCGGCGGCGGCCUCCUCUGCGGCGGAGUCAGCAUGGCGGGGUUGGCGCAGCAUCAGCAACAGCAGCAACAGUACACCACAGCCAGACUGCGAGACGGCUUCGCCGAAUUGGCCUCUGCGACUAAAGAUGCGACAGAAGCAGUGAAACAAACAACUUCAUCCAGCAGUGAUAAAAACAGUCCAUCCAGUUCCAACGCUACAGAGAAAACUGUAAAAAAGAAAAAAACUCGAACGACUUUCACUGCGUACCAAUUAGAAGAACUUGAACGUGCCUUUCAACGAGCCCCCUACCCAGAUGUGUUUGCCAGGGAAGAAUUGGCUCUUCGCUUAGCGCUCAGUGAAUCAAGGGUUCAAGUUUGGUUCCAAAAUCGAAGAGCGAAAUGGAGGAAAAGAGAACCUCCCAGAAAAACAAAUUAUUUACAAACAGCAGUAUCCACACCUUCCAUGGGAAAGACGUUCACAAACACUUCUCCACUUCCAUCUUUGUCAACCAACAUGGACACCAGUUGGGCAAGCUUCACAACCAGUCCAUAUGAUUUCGGAUUUCAGAAUGCAUUGGCUACAUCCCCGUACGCGGGAUUCUCCACAAGUCCACACACAAAUCUGAGCACAUGUCCCACUUCAUCAGGCUUCUAUGGUGGCAUGAUUUCCCAAGGUGAUCCCCUUCUGCCAUCUUUAACUACCACCAGGUCCGACAUGCAUUCAAAUGCUAGCUUGAGUAAAACUCCUAGUCCUCCAAGUGUCUAUGGCAAUGGAAGCAACGGUUCUGGGGGAGAAAAGAAAUUGGGAACCUUGGUAGGAUUGGAACCUGCUGAUGUGGAUCCACAUCGCCUAGCAUCACUUCCACCAAUCAUGCUCAAAACAAAGGAUACGUCCGUGUCGCCACUGCCAUCAUUGGAUUUUUUCACCUAAAUAUCAAAUGGUUUUUCAUUUUGCACGCGUAAAGACAUCAUACUCCACUCUUUUAUUUUUUAAUGAAUCCAUUUGCACCAUACAAAUAAAUAUAUUUCUUUCAGCCCUCCCCACCUCCCUUUUUUGCCUAUUAUUACUUUUUACUUUGUCUGCUAAUCUCACGAAAACGCUUUCCCUCUGACACCACAUGAAUUGGAUGAUACUGAACUCUCACUAGCUUCACAUAGCUGUUUUUUUCUCUGCUUGAUUCUUUUUUGUAAUGAUCAGAAGUCCACACAAAACACAUUAGAAACAAAAAUGUUUUAAUUGCUCACUGAGAGAUGUUAGUCAUUAAAUCAGAUCAAUAAAAGAUAAUUAUAAGAAACUUUUAGAACAACAUCUAUUCCAGUGGCUCAUCUUUGUUUGAUAUUUAUUUGCGAUUUUAUUCUGCUACUGCAGCAAAAUGGUUAACUUCCCGUCGAAGAACGUCACUUUUGCCAGUCCAAUUAUGUAUCAGAGAACCAGACGACCGAUUUUUUUUACCAAAUGCAUCAAACCCUUCUUUCAUACAAAAUCCAAUCAUCAGAAUGUUUGAUUAUCCAAACGAGGUCCGGUCACAAUUGAUUCGGAUAAUUGGAUUUCGAUUAUAUUUGCAAAUGUAUCAGUUUUAAGAACUACUAUAAACUAUUCGUAGUAACCAACAAAAAAUGCACUGUGCACGUGUAUUAUAACAUUGUGAAGUGAAGGAAAUCUACAAAGAAGUUUUAAAAAUAUUUUAACAGACGUAUUCUGGAAUCAAGUUAAUAUUCUUUAUGUAUGACAUCUUUUUUGCAUCCUUCGUUUGUCCAUCCUUUGAAAAUUACUUCAUUGAUGUCGUUGAUGUGGAAAUAAUGUGAAUUUUAAAGCAAUCUUCCACUGACAGACACAGCCCGGAAUCCAGGUCUAUCCUCAAUCAAUGGAUAAAUUAGUGAUUUGUGUGGUGCCGUUUUUACGCAUUACGUCGAAAAUGCAUCAAUUCGCCCGAAAAGAGUAAAAGCCACACUUUACGAAGAAGAUUCUUACCAGUUGAAGAUUCAUGUCACUUUUCCCCCUCGCACACUCAAGUUAUACCAAAGUUUUUAUAGUACAUCGUCUUUUUUUUUCUGCUUUUUUUUUCUUUUCUUUUUUAUGAAACUACAAGCAAUUAGCGAAUUUCUGAGUACUUUUAUGUAAAUAGAAUUUCAUGUUUUUCUACUUACUCAUGUGUAAACUAUUUCUCAUCUUCCUUGUAAAUUUGUAUUAUACUGACUUAUAUAUACUUCAAAUACUGAUGUUUAUAUCAUUCUUUUACAAUUAUCAUUUCGCACAAAAUUGAAGAAAUGUAAUAGUUUAUGACUUUUUUUUUAACGUGGUUGGCUGAACCAAAUGUGCCUUAUAUGUAUAUACUGCUCCUAUAGUUAAAUUUGUUUGACUCUAAAAACAAUCGAAUAGGUCCCUGGAAAAAAAGCACAUGUUUCAAAUGAAACAUUUUGCUGGAAGGACUAAACAAAGAAAGCGCGCAACUGAAGAAUGUUAAUGAAGAUCAAGUGUAACAUAUACCCUUUUUCUAGACUCAUUUUGGAUAGUAACAACAACAUUUAAGUUUAAAUUUUGGGCAAAAUGUAUUAUUUUUUUAUCCUAUUUCUCCAAAAAAAAAAACAGUAACGACAAAUUGGUAACAUGUGUCCUUUAUCUGGAGACCCAUUUUUUUUUUCUUCUCUUCUCUUUUCGUUUUUAUGAAACUACAAGCAAUAAGCAAAUUUUUGAGUACUUUUAUGUGAACAGAAUUUCGUGUUUCUCUAAUUACUCAUAUGUUACCAUUACUCAUCUUUCUUGUAAAUAUGUAUUAUACUGAUUUAUACUUACUUCAGAUAUUUAUAUUUUAUAUCAUUUUUUGUUAUACAUUUAUCAUCUUAUUUGACUCAUAUUUCGCACAAAAAAUGAAGAAAUGUAGUUGAAUUAGUGUACGCGAUGAAAAAUUUUUUUUUUCCAAACGCGAUUGGCUGAACCAAAUGUGCCUCAAAUGUACAGACUGCUUUGUCAGUUAAAUUUGCUUGUGUCUGAAAACAAU